AUGCAGCUCCAGUCUGCGACGCACUGCAAGUUGUCUGGAUUCAUUCUAGGCGAAAGAUGUGCAGCGUCUUCGAAAAUGGAAGCGCAUCGUGAGCAGAGCAUCUGUCAGGCGCGGGCUGCCGUCAUGGUGUACGAUGACGCCAACAAGAAAUGGGUCCCGGCUGGUGGUUCCACGGGUUUCAGCAGAGUCCACAUCUAUCACCACACCGGCAACAACGCCUUCCGGGUGGUGGGCCGUAAAAUUCAGGACCACCAAGUGGUGAUAAACUGUGCCAUUCCCAAGGGGCUGAAAUAUAACCAGGCCACGCAGACCUUCCACCAGUGGCGGGACGCACGGCAGGUGUACGGCCUUAACUUCGGCAGCAAGGAGGACGCUAACGUGUUUGCUAGUGCCAUGAUGCAUGCCCUGGAGGUGCUGAACUCUCAGGAUGCAGGUCCCACGUUGCCAAGACAGAACCCUCAGGUGCAGAAUGGCCCUUCGCCAGAGGAGCUGGAAAUGCAAAGAAGGCAGCUGCAGGAGCUGCAGCGUCAGAAGGAGCUGGAGCGCGAGAGGCUGGAGCGCGAGCGUCAGGAGCGCGAGAGGCUGGAGCGAGAGCGUCAGGAGCGCGAGAGGCUGGAGCGGGACAUGCUGGAGCGCGAACGCCAGGAACGGGAACGGCUGGAGAGGGAGCGCUCCGAGCAGGAGCGUUUGGAGCGGCUUGAGCACGAGCGUCAGGAGCAGGAGCAGCUGGAGCGUGAGCGCGCCGAACGAGAGCUUUUGGAGCGUGAGCGCGCCGAGAGGGAGAAGCAAGAGAGGGAGAACCAGGAGCAGCUGGAGAGAGAGCAGAUGGACUGGGAGAGAGGGCGACGCAUCUCCAACGCUGCAUUCGAAAGCACCCUCCACACCCCUCCGCCUCCAGACUACGCCAAGACCACCACCACCACCGCCUCCUCCUCUUCCUCACCCGUUUCCCCUUCCACACCCAACUACCCUCCACCCUCCGCAUCACCCUCCAUAGGCACACCCCCUACCCCUCCCCUCCGCCACUCUGCCUCCCGAUUCGCCACCUCACUAGGCUCCGCCUUCCACCCAGUCCUGCCCCACUACGCCACUGUCCCCCGCCGCCAGCCAGCCCCAGCUCCGGCUCCUCCUCCUCCUCCAGCACCUCCAUCCAAACCAACCAUCUGCCCUGCCACCAACUUCACCCCCUUACCACCAUCUCCUCCAGUCAUGAUCAGCAGCCCCCCUGGCAAGGCCACUGGCCCACGUCCAGUCAUCGCCAUCCCAGCCCCCAGCCCACUUUGUCAAAAACCGCCUUCACCCACUGGGCCAACAGGCUCCACCCUCUACCACACUUCUUGCUCCUCCUCCCCGGUCUCAGGCCAGCCCCUGCCCUCACCCCCAACUCCACCUCCUCCCCCACCCUUGCCCCCCUUUUCCUUGUCACAGUCGCCCACCAUCACCUCCCUCAUGUCCUGUCCCUCACCCCAGCCUCCUGUUUUCCCUUCUCCUUCCACAGCCUCCCCUGCCUCCGCCGAGCACUCUAUAAACUAUGUUCUGGGAGACCCCUCUGCUCCAGUGCCAGCCUCUCAGCCUGCUGCUGACCCCCCGAGCCAGCCGGAUUCAGUGCAAGGUCUGCCCACCCCACCUCCCCCACCACCCCUUCCACCCGGCUCCACUGUGACCCCCACUUCCGCCGGACCCCCGCCCCCUCCCGGUCCCCCUCCCCCCCCUCCUCCACCUCUCCCUCCUACGCUCACCCCCACAGGGCCACCACCUCCUCCAGGGCCACCACCACUUCCCUCCGGCCAGGCCCCACCUCCUGCGCCACCUCCACCCCCAGCCCCACCUCUGCCCUCUGGCCUAUUCACUCCCUCGCCCACCACUGACGAGAACAAGCCCCUAGCUGGCCUGGCAGCCGCCCUCGCUGGAGCCAAGCUACGGAAAGUGCCAAGGAAUGAUGAGCCCUCUAGCACAGCUGCAGGAGGUGUAGUGGGCCCUGGAGCUGCUAAGACUGAGACAGCCCGAGGGAACGGCCCUCUGCCUGGAGGAGGAGGACUCAUGGAGGAGAUGAGCGCCCUGCUGGCCAGGAGAAGAAGAAUUGCAGAAAAGGGAUCAUCACCAGAGCCUGAUCAGAAAACUGAUGAAAUAGAAGCAACCACGACUCCAAAAGUGUCGGCCUGUAGCACACCAGAUAUGCCCAGAAAGCCUUGGGAGAGGACAAACACCAUGAACGGUAGCAAAUCACCAGUUAUUGGAAGACCGAGGUCUACACCCACUCCUACUGGAUCCCUAAGUGCCAAUGGAGUGCCAACAGAAGCUCUUGACUACGACAGAUUGAAACAGGACAUUCUGGAAGAGAUGAGGAAGGAACUGUCAAAGCUGAAAGAAGAACUUAUUGAUGCGAUCAGGGAGGAGUUGGGCAAGUCCAACUCGGCGUAAAGUAACGCAGCAUCCCUGGAUUUUCCAACCAUGGCCCAUCACUCAGGGCCAGCUUCAAGUUCUGACACUUUCUCAAAAGCAACAAAAAUGGAGAUUUUACAAAAGAGUUUAAAACCAGUGGUGAUAACAAUAACCGUAUUAAUGCUGAAGAAACGAUUCGAGGGUGACGCUGUUUGGGGCAAACAGACACAGCUUGAGCGCAGGAGGUGUGCAACUAUAGGCUGGGGGUGACACCUAGUUUUUUUCCCCAAUGCUCCACCCAGUUGGCAGGAAGGCCAACUUAAAGAGAAAAGACUGUCAAUAUGCAAUGGAUGACUCUAAAGUAGAACGACGGGAAAUAAUUGCGAAGAGGGCAAAAAAAAAAAGAACACAAACUAUUACUGAACUACAUACUGUAUUAACCAUCGAAGAGUGACACUGUAUAUCCAGCAGAUGACAUUCAUUCUUUGGCACAUUGCUUAGCAAAGGGCAGGCUCAUUUGUUUGAACGGCAUUGACGGGAGUUGGUAGAGGGAAGUAGGGCUUAGCUCGCCUCGCGCAGUUGAGGAAUAACUUUAGAAUCAGGCUGAAGGACUGACUGAAGGACUGGGUAGAGUUUAUUGCUGCAGGACUUUGUAAAGCUUGUCUUCCUGAUACUAUUUUAACCUAAAUAUGUACAUUUAAAGACAAAAAAAAGAUACCUGCAACUCAUUUAAUUAUGUCUGAUCUAACGUACGCCAUGGCCAUAUCGAGUAGCUUAGUCACGUAAUCUUGGGAUACAGUCUCGGUCAGUUUUGGUAAUUAUCUGGAUACGUUUUCUUUUGGAGGUGAAUGCUCAAAAGCCUGUCUCUUAUGAGCCACUGUACUACGUAUAUUUUCUCUGUCUUGUAUGUUCGAGAAGAUCAGGUGGGACAAUGCCUUUCUACUGUAAUUCAUUGUAGCUCUUUACCAAAAUCCUCUCAGUCAAAACGAUGGUGAAACACCAAUAUCAACAAGACCGCAUCUGUAGAUAGUGCUAAUGAGAACUACUUUUUUGAAACUAUUUCUUUGAGUUCAUUGCAGGCUUUUCUCGUAUUUCUUUUGAUUUUAGUGCAUGUCUUGGUCUUGUUCUGAAUGAAAUGGGAAACAUUGCUGCCACGAAAAAUAAAUUGACUAUUGUUUUCAGUUUAUAAGCAAUAAGUGUAGCACUGACACUCUGUUUUACCCCAAAUGUGUUUCCCUGUUUGGUGACAUCAGCCACUCUACCCCCGAUCUGUGGAGGAGUGAUUGUUUCCACACUGCAUACCGUUCUUUUUUCUUUCUUUUUUUGUUCUUUUCCCUUAAAUCGCUGGGUGCAGUUCUUUACGAACACCUCUUUAUAGCCAUAAUGAAAUCACGGAGGUACACCACCAUACUUAGCAGCCCCUUGUACUGUGUUUUUAUUUCCAAAAUCAAGGGUGCAAAGGAUCUUAGACUGUAAAAUCGCUGUUCUCUGCAUUGGAUUUCCACCAAACCGCUAGACGAGAUUAGAACUGUUUUCCAAGGGUUAUCCAAGCGAAAGAUUUCCAGAUAGCUUUGUGCCAUUGUUUUUUCUUCAGUUCACCCCUUUGUUGUUUUUUAUGCUGCCCUUCCACCGCUGGAAGAGACCCAGUGGUGGUUCUCCAUUGGGCUCCAUUAAAUAUGAUCAGGUCAAACUUGGAAAACCGAAAGAUAAACCGAAAGCUCUUUUAAGCUUAAAACCUCUAAGUACAAUCAGUCGUGAUGAAUCGGCAACAUAAGGAGUGACCAGACCAUUGAUCACGGUAUAUGCGAGCUUGAAAAUUGGUGUUUUUUGUUUGUUUGUUUUUUUUUCCCUUCUUUUCAUGGUUAUCGCCGGUUUGCUUUACCAAUAUCUCUCGCCUGAAAGCCCUACAUACAUCUUAAUCAAAACAAAUCACUCCUUAACCCAUUCUCUAUCAUGCAAACAUAAACUCUCAAGGAAUCAGAAAGCUUGUAUAGUGUGUUUACAGCAUUGAUUGCACUUUAAAACUCCAUAGAAAUUCAAAUCACGACGAAACUGCUGGCAAGCCGACGCCAUCGCCUUCGCACGCGUGGCGAUCUCACCAAAGUUCAACAGUAACAAUCUCCUGAACGUCACACUGUCCUGAGCCGCCUUCGUUUUCUCAUCAGGAAAGAAUCGGUGGUGGUGGGGGGAGGGGGGGGUCCUUCGGUUAGGGAGGUGAAAUGUUUCAAUCGAGGUUGAUUUCAUACAUGGGAUGAAUCUGUUUGUGAUUUUCAUGGUUUGUGCCUUGUUCUGAAGUUGCAUUUAAUAUGUCAAAGAAUUUUAAAAAUUGAAAAAAAGACUAGUAAUAAUAAUUCUACGGCCUGUCAUAACCUCAUACAUGUUUUGCAUCCUGCUUUAGUGACGUACAAAAGGGAGAUUUUAAGAUGUUAGUUUGAAAAAAAUAAAAAAUAAAGACGUGCAUUUAUCCAUCAUGCCAUUUUCUGUUUUGUUACGGUAUGGUUUGUGUUAAGUGGUUCCUCAUGGAUGUUUGAUGGGAGAGUUUCUGCAGUGGGAAAUCAGUGGAAUGAUGAUACUGAACCAUUGUGUGUCUUGGCGUAUCCAUCUUCAGGAGCGGCUGUGAAAAUCGGACUAUUCAAACGUGUGCUGGACAGAAUUCGACAGAAUGUUCCUGAAAUGCAUUUAUUGGUUUCUUUUCUCUCUUUUUUUUUUUUGUUUGUUUGUUUUCUAUUUUAUCAUUCACAUUGUACCAUACUGUUCAUGUUAAUUAGAAGUUUCUUACAUGCUAACAUUGUUUUGUUUGAGCAAAUGAAAUAAAAAUUGCAAUACGUUAUUUUGGGUGAGUCAAUCAAAGAGACCAUG